GCAAGCUGUGCUAACUCUACAUCCAGUGCAAAAGUAAAGGGUCAAUUGUUGUGAUCUUUGCAGACCACUGCGGAAGCUUUAGACCUGUUUCACAGCCACUGCCUAUAGAAAUGGACAUGGACUCAUUGCCGAUACGGUUGGAAGGGAUCAAAGAUGACGGUGUUGAUAGUACUGUUGCAUUAUCCAAGACUCCACACUCAGCGGUAGAUUUGUUCAAAGGAGUCUGGAGGCUGUCAUGGCGGUUACUCCAUAGAGUGGUUCUGCUCGUUCCUAAUUUACUGAUCAAGCUGCUACAGACGCGGUUCAGCUUCACGCUUCGGCUCUCAUCGAUACUGAUCACACUUGGCGUGUGUUUUGUACUGGCGUUGCUGUUUAUACGCUAUAGAGCGCUGACAGGGUAUUCGAAAGCCGUUGAAGAAAAGAGGGAGGUGAACCCAGUGGACACAUUGAUAGCAUCACACGACAAGGAUGAAAAGAGAAGGUUUGGAAGCUACUUGGACGAAUUUCUCAUUGCGAUAAAGAUAUUUGGAUACUUGGAGAAGCCGGUAUUUAACGAAUUGACACGGAGCAUGCGCACUCAGAAAUUGGAGAGGAACGAGGUGUUUGAUCUGGACGAUGAUCUCGGCUUUGCUAUAGUUGUUGAAGGUAAUGUUCAGAUAUUCACCAAAGUUGAUAAGAAGGAUGCCCCCAUCUCCAACGAUGAGGAGUUUGGUGGUGAAACCCUCAUACUGAACGACCAUAGAUACCAGUUGUUAAACGAGGUCAAGACGGGUAACCCACUAUCGUCCUUGUUGAAUAUCUUGACUUUGUUCACAAAUGAUGAAGCUCACUCAAUGGGUCUGAACUCGCCUUCCUUUAGACAUAAGUCUUUGGACAAUUCAUGGAUACCCGCUACAAAGGUUGAUGACAUUGCACCACUAAAUCUAGACAAUGAGGCAGUGUUAUACGAUGAGACACCACGAAUUAUAGCAAGGGCUACAUCAGACUCAACUGUAGCGAUUAUUCCAGCAGAUGCCUUCAAGAGGCUCAAGAGGAAACAUCCAAGGGCAUCUUCUCAUAUUGUUCAAAUGAUAUUGACGAGAUUAUACAGGGUUACUUUCCAAACAGCCCACAAUUAUUUAGGAUUAACCAUGGAAUUGUUUGAGACUGAAAAGAAGCUCAAUAGCAAUUCAAAGUUGGAUUUGGAACCUUAUCUCUACGAAGACAUUAUGAAGAGAACAACUGAGGAUAAGGAUACGAUUGAAAGGGGAAGACAAGACAUCCAACGACCAGCUUCCAGAAGAUCACAGAAUUCAUCCACAUCAGGGAGGGAAUCAAGUGCACAUAUAAAAGCUCCUUUACUUGCAAGAACAGCAUCACAGCACGUUGUGUUAGAUUCAAGGGACUCUUUCAACCCAGGUGAUUUGUUGUCGAACGUUCCACUAUCAAGAAGACCAUUAUCAUACUACCAAUUGAAGGAUACAGAGGCGAACAGAUCCUUUUCAUCCCAUAAUGAAACAAAUGAUACAAAGCUUUACAGAUCUUUGGUUGAAGGUAUCUUCAAGUUCUUAGGGAUCACAGAAGAAUCCUUAAAGCCAAAGAAAAGCUUCACAGGCAAUAGCAGUACAAUAAAUAGUCCAAGCAUUGCUGACAUAGGAUUAUUUCAUUCUUUUUCCACUCGUGAAAGUACACCGAUAUCUAAUGGUUCCAACUCAACAAAGACCCGAACUUUUUCAAUCAACAGUUCAAAUGUCAACGAUGAUUACUCAAAUGAACAGGUUGAUUACGAAAGUGCUAAAAAUGACUUUUCAGAGAUAAUUGAAAUUAAAAGGUAUGACACUGGUGCGAUUUUAAUUCAACAAAACUUGAAAACAACUGGUAUCUAUUACGUUGUCAGUGGUAUUUUAGAUGUGUCUUACAAAGAUGAAGUCACAGGUAAAGAACAUUUCAUCUAUGACGUUAAACCCGGUGGUGUUGCAGGGUACAUGGGGUCGUUAAUAGGUUACAAAUCGUUUGUUACCGUCAAAGCACGCACUCCGGUUGUUGUGGGUUUCUGUUCAGAUAAGGAUGUCGAAAGAUUAUGCGAAAAGUAUUUCAUGAUCUACUUAACAGUUGCAAGAUCGCUGGUUCUCUCCUUGACCCCAAAGAUUGCGAGACUCGACUCUGCACUCGAAUGGAUACAGUUGGAUGGAGGUGAAACUUUGUUCAAACAGGGGACUUCUGCGAAUGGUAUUUACAUCAUCUUGAGUGGGCGUUUUAGGUCUAUAAAGGAAGAUCCAUUCACGAAAGAGAUUACAAUGAUGAGGGAGUACAGUAAAGGUGAAAGUUUUGGAGAAGUUGAGGUGCUUACCGCAGCAAAACGUUCAUCAACGUUUGUUGCAGUUAGAGAGUCAGAAGCUGCUAGAAUUCCAAGAACUUUGUUCGAGAUAUUAUGUUUGGAGAACCCAUCAAUCAUGAUCAAAGUCUCCAGAAUUGUUGCACAUACGGUUAAAGAAGAGGCCCCCCAGAGUGGACUCAAUGUUCCAACAAAUUCUAAAGGUAAUGGGCUGCAAAAAAAUUACAAGACAAUCACCAUAUUACCAAAGAUCCAAGGAAUCCCUGUGACUGAAUUUGCAUCCAAACUAAUCCAGUCACUCAAGAAUAUUGGUGUCUCUGUUAUAGGACUUGAUCAAUCUUCUACUUUAAAUUAUUUGGGAAAGUAUGCAUUUGAUAAACUCUCCACCUUACGUCAGUCUGGAUUCUUUUCAGAUUUGGAAGAAAGGUAUGAAAUUGUUGUUUAUAUUGCUGAUACUUCAGUGAACUCAAGUUGGACCAGUACUUGCAUCCAACAAGGUGAUUGUAUCUUGUUACUCGCAGAUGCUCUCUCUGAUCCUGCAGUUGGAGAAUAUGAGAGAUUAUUACUCAAGACAAGAACCAUGGCACACACAGAGCUAGUGUUGUUACAUCCAGAGAAGUUUGUUGCUCCUGGAUUAACAGCCAAAUGGCUCAAGAGUAGAAUCUGGGUUCAUUCUCAUCACCACAUUCAGUUGACUCAUAAGAACUUGGCUGUAGGUACACAUAAUGACCAUAUGACCUUUGCCGAUAAUAUUAGAAGUACCGUGGAAACGUUCACGUCAAAGUAUAUGAACAUGAAUCACAAGAAAUUCUACACAUCUUCUUUACCACACAAGAACGAUUUUAUGAGAUUGGCGAGAUUGCUAUCUGGUCAAGCAGUUGGACUUGUGCUUGGAGGUGGUGGUGCACGUGGAUUCAGUCAUUUAGGUGUCUUAAGAGCAUUACAAGAGAACGGCAUACCGAUCGACAUCAUUGGUGGUACCUCUAUUGGUGCUUUUAUUGGUGGGUUAUACGCCAAAGAUUACGACUUGGUACCUAUUUAUGGAAGAGCAAAGAAGUUUGCAGGUCGUAUUGGGUCUUCUUGGAGAUUGUUGAGUGACCUAACCAUCCCAAUAACGUCUUAUACCACAGGGCACGAAUUCAACCGAGGUAUCUGGAAAUCGUUUGGCGAUUCACGUAUUGAAGAUUUCUGGAUUCCAUACUUUUGCAAUUCCACGAAUAUCACAAACUCUUGUAUGGAGAUCCAUACAUCAGGAUUUGCGUGGAGGUUUAUACGUGCUUCUAUGUCACUCGCAGGGUUGCUUCCACCUAUGACACAUGAUGGUUCCAUGCUACUUGAUGGUGGAUACGUUGAUAAUCUCCCCGUGGAAGAGAUGAAGAAGAGAGGUGUCUCAAUCGUGUUUGCCGUUGAUGUUGGGUCCGUUGAUGAUCGUACGCCAAUGAAAUAUGGUGAUUCGCUAAGCGGCUUAUGGAACCUUGUCAACCGCUGGAACCCAUUUUCUUCGUAUCCUAAUGUUCCUGCAAUGUCAGAGAUUCAGCUUCGUUUGUGCUAUGUCGCCUCUGUCAAUGCCUUGGAGAAGGCUAAGAGUACGCCAGGCGUGAUCUAUCUCCGGCCACCUAUUGAAAACUAUGCAACGUUAGACUUUGGCAAGUUCGAUGAGAUCUACAAUGUUGGGUCUGUGUACGGACACAUGGUCCUGAAAGAGCUCAUUGACUCUAACAAGAUGCCAAAGAUUGCAGGCACUGGUGAAUUAGAGAAGUCUCUUGCGCCGGUUAUUCAAAGACGUAAUAGUAUUUAGAAAGCUUGAUAUCUACAUGAGCUCAU